AACGAAUGUAUGGUAAUGUAAACACACAGAUGACAGUGAAUGGAGGAGAGGGACAGACAGACUGKGUCAUAAGGACUUCACAUGGCAGAGAGACAUGAAUUUCCUUGCCACCACGGACCUGUCCAUUGGGGACCUACGUAUGCCCUUCACUGAAGAGGUCAAGUACUGUAUCCUGGGAAUCUCUGCAACCCUCUUCCUGAUUGCUCUGAGCAUUCUGGUGUGGCAAUUAUACCGAUACCGCUCAUAUGCUCCAAGGAAACCUCUUGAUGAGUUACUUUCAUCUGAUGGCAAGCCAGCAAAGUCUGGGGUCUUCGACACAGAAMCCCAGAGGCCUAAUUUCAAGGUGGAGAAGCUCCAUGAAGAGGYGCGGAGGUUGAGCAAUUGCCUGUCCAUGGGCAGCCAUGUGGAGUUGCUCAGCCUGGAGGACCAGCAGGAAGAGGUGGUGGUGCAGGGCUCCCUGCACUUUUCCCUCUACUAUGACCAGCUGCAGUCCAGACUGGUGGUCACCCUUCUGGAAGCCUGGGGUCUGCCGGUGAGGGACUUCAGCCGCAGUGUGGACCCCUUUGUGAGGGUCCGGCUGCUAUGGGCCGGGCAGGAGAAGGAGAAGGAGGAGCAGUCCUCUCCUUCACUGCAGUGUGUGCUCCAUGAGUGGCAGUCCCGUAUGGUGAAGGACAGCAGCAGCCCAACGUUUGGGGACCAGUUCUUCUGCUCUCUGGAGGAGGAGGAUGUCCCUCACAUCACCAUCAGGUUUGAGGUUAAAGACUUUGAUAAAUUCUCCAGGCAUAGGAUCCUGGGAGAGGUCAGAGUUCAUCUGUGCGAUAUGGAAAUCUCAUACCCUCUUGAAGUCCUCAAGGACCUACAGGCACCACAGAAGGACCUGGUUGGARAGGUGCUUCUCUUUAUGAAGUAUCUCCCCACCCUCCAGAGGCUAGAGGUUGGUCUGCUGAAAAUCAGGGCACCACCUCAGCCAAGUAAAAAAAAUCAAGCACUGUAUGGCAAGAUCAGUGUCCUCUGCAACCAGUUCAAGCUGCGGCACCAGAAGUCCACUGUUAAGACCUGGAGGGAAGUGACCGUCUUCAACGAAGUCAUGAUGUUCACACUGCCAGACCCACAGAUCAAGGAGUGCUGCAUUGUGGUCUCUGUGUACGAGAUCCCUGCAGCCAAGAAGUCAUCCAAACGCMUGGUUGGCCAGGUCACCUUUGGAAAGGGAAAGAGCUCAGAGGAUGAACACUGGAGUUUGAUGAUGCGAUCAAUUCGUCAGCCAAUAGCAAAGUGGCAUCAGCUCUUAAUCURAGGCUAGCCAGGCCAGUCCACCUACUUUGACUAUGUUCUUGUGAUGCACAGCAUAUUGGAAAUGUGUGAAGGACCAGCAUUACAAGGGAUUUACACUGACAAUUCGUUUUUCAAGCUAUUUCUCACAACUGAUAUCACCUAUCUAUGAAAUAUAGACUACUAUAUUGAAAUUGUGUGGAGAAAUAAUACAUUCCAGCUGCUCACCUGAUAUGAGCAGUGCCUGAUCACCUGUGAAUAAUAGAAGUAUUACCAGUAGGCUAAGUAUUUAACGUUGCGCUGCACCCCCCCUUUUAGGAACACUAGAGGGCACUUAUACUCAGUAGUUCAUUUCUUGAGGAAAUCUAUGGGCAAAAAGGUUGAGUAAAAACAUUCACAUAUUUAUACAAUCUCAGGUCUGAAGUCGGACUCCCACGAGCAGUUUAGGCACUUGCAAGGUACUUCAAUUUCUUCUGGAAAAUUGGUGCAGACAGUGUCUACAUUGCCCCCAUAGGGGGCAUCUUGUUUUUUUAAGAUGUUAAAUGAAUUUCUAAACUAAAUUUCAAGCCCACAUUCUAUCAUAAUUAUUUAUAAAAAGAUCUGUCAGCUSUAUUUUGUGGAGGGRACACACUGACUGGACCAGGCAAAGAAUAACCCCCACCCCCCAUUCUCCCUGGUAAGUGGUUCCUUCCAAGGUGCACRGAGCAAAAKAUGCCUAGGCAGGAUGCUAGAUAGUGCGUGCAGUAUCGUCAGUGGAGGGGAGACUUACUGGKCAUAGACGUCAAUUCAACAUCUAUUCCACGUUGAUUCAAUGUUAUUUCAUUGAAAUGACKUUGAAACAAAGUUGAUUCACCCAGUGUGUGCCCAGUGGAGAGAGAGUAGAGUGACACACACAGCGUUUGAUUUGAUUYUAGCUGCCGGUGAUGGGCAGGAAGUAUGUUUUUUAAUUAAUUUGAUCAAGCUAUGUAACCUAUUGAUGCCUUCUUGAUGAAUAAAUAAAACAAAACUG